AUGACAUUCUUCCACUCGUCUCGCUCCCUUACGGUUGCAUUCCAUGUGAUGACGUCCAUCGAGAUUCCUGUUCAUAUAUUCGGAGCCUAUUGCAUUCUGUUCAAGACUCCCGAUUCCAUGAAAUCUGUUCGAUCGAGCAUGUUGAAUCUUCACUUCUGGAGCGCUUUUUUGGAUAUGUAUCUCAGUCUGUUCAUGUCUCCGUACCUCUUGAUACCAGCGUUGUCCGGAUUCCCGUUGGGCGUUCUGAAAGCAAUUGGGAUCUCGACAGCUCUUCAAUGUUACUUCAUGAUCUCAUUUAUUCCGGGUGAGGAACAUGGGAGACACUGUAAUUACUCACACUCUUGUUCAGCGACUGGACUUGCCGUACUAGUCAUCAUCGAGAAUCGAUACUAUAUUCUGUUUGCCAGAGACAGUUUGUGGCACCUUGUUCGGAUCCCAGUGCUGUCAUUUAACUACCUGCUGGCUUUCAUCUAUUUUAUACCUUCCUACUCUAUAAUUCCAGAUCAAGAGCUUGCGGUGAAAGAUGUACUCGAAGUAGUCGACCACUUUCCAAAGAAUCUCCGUCAUGACACAUUCCAGAGGCUGCCAGAACUUCCAGACUAUAUUCGAGACGCCGAUAUUUUCGUGUUGGCAACUGAGAAUCGUUAUGUGGUUGUUCCAAUUCUCUCAGCUAUUUGUUUUGUGGUGAUCCAGUGGUUUAUCUUCAUUGGACUAAUUCAUAAAAACAUGGCCAAGGAAGUACGAACGCUGACCUUAUCCCCACUCACUUUCAGUUUACAAAGCAAAUUCUUGAAGGCCAUUUAUCUGCAAGUACUUCCCAACGCUUCAUUAGCCAGUCAUCAUGCUCAAGUUUAGCUCUCAAUCCCUCUUCUCAUCAUAGUAGCACCUCUUCUCUACACAAUGUUCUCAAUAUCAUUUCAAUAUUACGACCAAACCGCCAACAACUUCUCCAUGCUCAUUCUUGGCGCCCACGGCCUCUUCUCCACCAUUGUCAUGCUGAUCAUUCAUAAACCUUAUCGUGAAGUGUGCUUCCGUUUAUUCUGCUCAAAGAUAUCUGAAGUGAAGGAGAGCACUUCUGUGAUUCGUAAAGGGCGAGCCGACGAGACACCAAAACCAACUGCCAAGAUCUUCAACGUUCAUACUCAUCAACAAGCGCAUGUGGCUAACUGCGGUCUUUGAACUUCUUUUCUAAAACUUGUGUGAUUAGAGUCUUUUCGUCUUGCUCUUUUUCCCUGGCUGUUCGUGUCUUUGUAUAUUCUAACCAAACCAAGACUGCAGCAAACAUCUGAACCCUUCUCGGCGUAAUCAAUUAGGCAGAGCCACAUCACGUGACAAAAACUAAAGUUGGAAACGAAAAACAAAGAAAACAACCUGUCCGCCUUUCUUUUUUCAGAUGAACACGACAUUCUUCCACUCGCCACGUUCGCUAACAAUUGCAUUCCACGUGAUGACGUGCAUCGAGAUUCCCGUUCAUAUAUUCGGAGCCUACUGUAUUCUGUACAAGACUCCGGAUUCGACGAAAUCAAUCAAGUGGAGCAUGUUGAAUCUUCACUUCUGGAGCGCUUUCUUGGAUAUGUAUUUCAGUCUGUUCAUGUCUCCGUACAUAUUGAUUCCGACGGCGAGCGGAUUUUCAAUGGGAGUUCUGAAAGCAAUUGGGAUCUCGACAGCUCUCCAAUGUUACUUCAUGUUUUCAUUGGUUUCGGGUGAGGAACAUGUGGAGACACUGUAAUUACUCACACUCUUGUUCAGCGACUGGACUUGCCGUACUAGUCAUCAUCGAGAAUCGAUACCAUAUUCUAUUUGCCAGAUACAGUUUGUGGCACCGUGUUCGGAUCCCAGUGUUGUCUUUUAACUACUUACUGGCUUUCAUUUAUUUCAUACCUUCCUAUUUGAAUAUUCCAAAUCAAGAGUUUGCGGUGAAAGAUGUACUCGAAGUAGUCGGCAACUUUCCAAAGAUUCGCCGUCAUGACACAUUCCAGGGGCUGCCAGAACUGCCAGACUAUAUUCGAGAAGCUGAUAUUUUUGUACUGGCAACUGAGAGUCGUUAUGUGCUUGUCUCACUUCUAACAUCGAUGCUUUUUGUGGUGAUCCAGUGGUUUAUCUUCAUUGGACUAAUUCAUAGAAAUAUGAGCAAGGAAAUGCGAAAGCUGACCUUAUCCCCACUCACUUUCAGUUUACAAAGCAAGUUCUUGAAGGCCAUUUACUCUCAGGUAGUUUCCAACGCUUCAUUAGCCAGUCAUCAUGCUCAAGUUUAGCUCUCAAUCCCUCUUCUCAUCAUAGUCGCACCUCUUCUCUACGCAAUGUUCUCAAUAUCAUUUCAAUAUUACGAUCAAACCGCCAACAACUUCUCCAUGCUCAUUCUUGGCGCCCACGGCCUCUUCUCCACCAUUGUCAUGCUGAUCAUUCACAAGCCUUAUCGCAAAGUGUGCUCCCGUUUGAUUUGUUUAUAGGCAUUUCAUGUGUCGGAAGUUAUUCGCGCGACAAUUGCAUUACAUGUGAUGUAUAUACAUUCAGAUCCUAUUGUAUCAGCAAGUUUUUAAAGUGUAUGUUCAGGUAGUGUCCAUCUGUUUUGUACAGCCUUCAGAUUUCAAUCCGUUGCCCACUCUAGUCCGUUCAGCCAACUAUGCCACUCAUUUCCUUUCUUUUUCUGAUCAACAAGACUUCAUUCCACAUGAAGAACACCGACGAGACACCAAAACCAACUGCCAACAUCUUCAAAGUUCACGCAUUCAGCUGUGGUCGUUGAAUGAACCAAACACACUCUAGUUCCGAUGGAAUCAAUGUCACAAACCAAAAUGUUUCCACUCUCUCCCUCCUCUCUCUGCCCUCCCCGUUUUCCAUAGUCUUUCUCCGCCGCCGACACAAUAUUUUGUGACGAAAACAGAAAUUGUCAUCAUUCGGGGACGGCAGUAUAUAAACAAGCAAACGAUUCUCAUUUCCUACUCACGAUGGCUUCUCGAUUUGCAGGAAAAGUUGCGAUUGUUACCGGUUAGUUAUAUUUAUAUUUAUACCUUUUCGAGUAUUAUCGAUUUCUAUUUGAGGCUCUUCCAAUGGAAUCGGUCGUGCAACUGCCGUUCUGUUGGCUUCUGAAGGAGCAAAAGUGACUAUAACUGGAAGAGAUUCGGGGAGACUUCAAGAGUCGAAAGAAGCAAUUCUGAAGGCAGGAGUGCCGGAGACUAAUGUCAAUGUCGUCGUGGCAGAUGUUGUUUCUCCAGACGGACAGGAUCUUCUCAUCUCGAGCACGGUCGCAAAGUUCGGAAAGAUUGACAUACUGGUAGGGCGAGCUUCUAGCUACAGCGACAUCCAAACGGCUAACAUUGCAGAUAAACAACGCUGGGGCCAACAUCCCUGACGCUCAAGGACGCACCGGCACAUCGUCGGGAAUUGACACUUACCAGAAAAUCUUCAAUUUGAAUGUUCAAAGCGUGAUCGAGCUGACUCAGAAGGCGCGCUCGUAUUUGGCGAAGAGCAGAGGAGAAAUCGUGAAUGUGUCGAGUAUUGCGGCAGGACCGUCGGCGGUAAAAAAAACUAGUAAAACAUCCAGAAGUUCUUAAUUUUUCAAGUUUUCAGCAGCCAUCAGCUCCGUACUACGCAAGUGCGAAGGCAGCUCUCGAUCAGUACUCUCGCUCGGCCGCCAUCGACCUGAUUUCCGAAGGAAUCCGAGUGAAUGUGGUCAGACCUGGAUUCGUUUCCACCGGAUUCUCAAUCGUAUCGCGAGGCUUCAAUAACGAGCAAUCGGACAGCUUCUACAACAGUCUCGGCGCCGAUCCGCACUCGAUACCGGCCGGAUUUGCUGCUCAGCCGGAGCACAUCGCAAAGGUUAUCGCGUUUUUGGCCGAUCGCGACUCUUCCGAGUACAUUGUGGGACAGACGAUCGUGGCGGACGGAGGAACCACUUUGGUCAGUGGAUUCCAUGCGCAUAACGCUAAACGAUAA